AUGGGCAACUUGGAAUCAAUGCACUCUUUACAAAUAUCACCACAAACCUAUGAUCUUAUUCAUCGCCCUAUCAAAAUGAAGUACACCCUUUCUCUUGUUAGUCUCCUUGGCCUCUUUGCCACCCUCACCACAGCCCAGGAUGGCCCCGACAAAGGUGUAACGGCAACCCCAACCAAUACCGGCUUCCAAGCCAGCGUCAGCGGCGGUGUCAGCUUCGACAUCAACGGCAAGAACAAGACCUUUGGCUUCAAUGAGGUCUUUGGAGACGACGAUUCGGAUUCUGAUGACGAGGAUGACCAGCCAAAGUCGGGGGCAAGCGAGAUGAUUGUGAGGAGUAGCGGACUCCUCGUUGCCGGUGUGAUAGUUGGGGCCGGUGUCAUUAUUCUCUAAGUUCAGUCUGAUAGGCACACGUCCCUGCACGGGGUGGAUAAGGGGGCAGCAGCACAAUAUCGCCAAUGUAUUUAUUGCAUCACCAAGACACCAACUCACUUUACUUACGGUCGGGUUCUGGUUCCUUCCAC